AUGAUAUCAGUUGCACGAACCAUGUGCGGCAGUAAUCCCGGGCAAUGUCUUCGAUUGGAUGAUGUCUGUGUUUACAAUGCCACAGUUUGUCAUGGAUUUUCGCAAUAUAGUCUCUCAUAUACAAGUCCAGUACAGUUGUGCAAUGGAGUCUGCUAUGAUACAACAGUUCAAACAUGUGCGCAUAGUGUUAUUCGAUGUAAAUAUGACCCAAACUACUCGGAUUGUUCAUACCCGAAUUCCGGUUCAACGGGGUCGGGAUUUCCAACAAUUGUUGUACUAAUUCCAUCGCUAGUUGUCAUUACCUGUAUAUGUCCAAUACUAGUCCCCGCUUGUCUGGGCCUACGUGCCCGUAAGACUCGAGCUGCGACAAUGGAAGGACCGCCACCGCCAGCUCCAGAGUCAAUGGCAACUGUGACAGUCAUAGAAAUGGACCCGUUUCAGAAUCUACCCCCACCGCGGUUCUCUCAACUAUCAAUAAGGGAAGAAUUGGUGCCGCCGACAUACGAUGAUGCUAUCGCAGCUGAGAAAAGAAAGAAGGAAGAAGAGAAUAAUACAAGAAACAAUAACAACGAUGCUAAUGACCUUGUAGCGCCACAGACAGCAGUGACUCUAAGACUCUGA